GGCUGUCCUAGAUUUUUUUUUUCCCCCUCUCUCAGCUGUACUUAUACCUCAGAAGCUAGAAGCCCUGCAACAAAAAAAGAACGAAGAAACACAAAGCAAGACUCAGCUAGCAUGAUGGCCCGGUGCGCUCCACAGCUUACCCGCACCUUGCUAAACGGACUUAAUUUGGGCAAAGUUCAGUCUUUUCAAUGCCUCAGAGUAGCGGAGCACAAUCAGGCACCUGUCAGCCUGCAGCCAAAGAGAAGCUUCGGCUCCACACACAGGCUCCAUGACGUCCCAAGGGACACAGGCUCUGCGGACAGAGUGACGGUGCAUUUUAUAAACCGGGAUGGAGAGAGACUCACGGCCACAGCCAAAGAAGGGGAGAGUUUGCUGGAAGUGGUGGUUAAUCAAAACCUGGGCAUCGAUGGCUUUGGUGCCUGUGAAGGUACAUUGGCCUGCUCCACGUGUCACCUCAUCUUUGAGGAGGACGUUUUUCAAAAGUUGGAUGCCAUUACAGACGAGGAGCUGGACAUGCUGGAUUUGGCCUAUGGACUCACUGAUACAUCACGUCUAGGCUGCCAGGUGUGUGUUAAGAAGGCGAUGGAUGGUCUGACUGUCCAGGUCCCCAUGGAGGUUGCUGACAUGAGGAGAGAGCUGGAAGUGGGAAAGCAAAGCAAAUAAUAAUAUUAGUAACUGCACAAAGCGUCCCCUUAGAUUUAGGUGUGUUUUUUUUAAGUAUAUUAUAUUUUGUUGUCUCCAUUGAGCCUUGUGACCAGUUUGCAUUAGGUCACAUAGGCCCUGAUUCAGAAUCCAUCCCUAUUCAGCAAAGCUCUUCCUUACACAUGUGCUAAACUUGAAGGACUUAAGCACAUGCUUAGAGUUAAGAACCUGCUUAAGUCCGCUGAAGUUCAACAAGACACCUCAAUGUUUUGCUUAAAUGCUCUGCUGAAGUAGGGCCAUAGUAAACACAGGUGAUUCUCUCCCUUCCUUGAAGUUAAGGACAUCCCAACAGUUACUGUGAAUGGCGAAUUUUGCUGGAUCUGGCUACUUAACUGUAGAGAGACUUCCCAUUCUGACAUAGUUGGGGGAACUCUAGUGCUAUAAAAUCAUAACUGCAUGCAUCAGCUUGAUUAAAUAGUCUAAGUUAGUUUGAUAAAUAGCAAUGGAUGGGUAACCUUCAGGAUUCUGCCAUUUUACAUAGAAAUGGAUUUUUUUCCAUAAAUAUGAACUUUUUGUGCCAAUGUGCACUAACUGUGCUAAUUUCUCCAAAUAUUUGCUCCUUUCUCCACUAUUGUAUCACAUUCUAGCUCAAAAAUAAAAGGCUAAUCACUGGGUUUCUAGACCAAUUAAAUUUGUUUUCCUGAUGUGGUUGAUAGUACAAUGAAAGAAAUGGAGAUCUGGGGCAUGAACAUGCAGUUGCUGUUUUAAAAGAUAUAUUUUACCUCCUGGAUUCUCUCUUGAUGGGCAUGUCUAAGAUGCAGUCAGAGGUGUGACUGCAGCCUGUGUAGUCAUACCCAAGAUCACUUGGAUCUGUCUCAAAUAACAAUAGCCGUGAAGCCACAGCAGCCUAGGGUGAAUAACACUGCCUGCAUAACCCUCACUCUCCCUUAGACUUGAAAGCCCAAGCUGCAGCAUCUACUCAGCUCUUUUUAAUGCACUAGCACAAGUCUGUAGACCUGGGCUGAGACACUCACUCCCAGAGGCAGUGUAGAAAUGUCCCGUGUGUACUCAAGCAGCUAGGCCACUGCUUUGGCCUCACUGAUAUUAGUAUUCCAGCUGUCUAGACCAAAGCCAGCUCUGGUAUAUAGACACAUGCUGUAGUCGCCUUUCUGAUUACAGUGUAGAUGUACUCUAUAUGUUUGAGUGAAAUUUCUAAACUUGCCACUGAAGCCACAUGGACAUUUGAAGUCUAUAUUCAGGUUUUCCAUUCAGAAAUCUUUCUCUCAGAAGUAAGGAUUUGGUUUCAAAUUCACAAUGCAUUUAGCAGGCAAUCAAAAAACAAUGACCUAAUGGGAAACUGUUUAUCAGCAUCACAGACACUUCCAUAUGCUUGCGAUAUGUUUUAGUGAUGAAAGGGAGUACUUUUUCACACAAUGCAUUAUUAGACAGUGGAACUAAUUGCCACAAGAUAAUAUUGAGGCCAAGAAUUUAGCAAGAUUCAAAGAGGGGCUAGACAUUUAUAUGAAUAACAAGAAUGUCCCGAGUUGUUAUAGUUGAUGCUAAUAAAAGAGUACUGCAAGGGAGAUAAAAUGUCAUGUUUCAGGGUUUAAGAUAAUCUUUCAGAGAUUAGGAUAAAACCUUCUUCAGGGGCAGAUUUUUCCACAUCUGUUUACUAAGGGGUUUCUUGCAUCUUCCUUCAAAUUGUCUGGUGCCUGACAUCUGCCAUAAAUCUGCUUCUUCGCAUGUGCAAUCCCACGUGGCUGAUUUCAAACACCUAGCCUGGUUUGGCUGGGAUUGCUAGAUUGCAGAUUGCUAGAUGCUGAUGUGAACCAUUUGAAACUGGGAAGCAUGUGAGAACAGGCUCUCUGGUGAGAUUUCCAGUGCCUCCUGCUCCUGAAUGAGCUGUCAAGAAAAUGAAAAAAGCCUUUCUCUCAGUGAUUUGGCACAGCCCAGGCUGGAAACCAGCAGCACUUACAUGAGAAAAUGGAACAAAAAAGUUAGCCAAACUCCUUCAAAUAGCAAAGAUUCUAGACAGAUCUUAUUGUAGUUGAACUGAUGUUUCCAACCAUACUGUCAAUGGUAAAAUAAUCCAGUCUCAUUGUCACCUGCAUCUUAUGGCAUUUUUGUUUUUAUGCUCCCUCUGUUAUUUCUAUACAGAUUCCAUUGUUCUUAGAAAUAUGCUCUGCCCUGCAUUGCCUGGGUGGCCUGCAGGGUGUUUUGAGCUGCUGCUUUGAUACUGAGAAGGUGAUACAAAAAGAGAGAGAACUUAGAAUCAUAGAAUCUCAGGGUUGGAAAGGACCUCAGGAGGUCAUCUAGUCCAACCCCCUGCUCAAAGCAGGACCAAGCCCCAAUUUUUGCCCCAAAGCCCUAAAUGGCCCCCUUGAGGAUUGAACUCACAACCCUGGGUUUAGCAGGCCAAUGCUCAAACAAACUGAGCUAUUCCUCCAGAGGCAAGAAUACUGCACUGGGUUGUAGCAUGAAUUGUGUAUAUAGGGUAAUGACAGCACAACAUGCUUCACCAGAAUGACUCUCAUGCUCAUGACUUCUUUAGACUCUGAAGCAAGUUAAACCCCACUAUAAUAAUAGGGCUCCAUCCAGCUUGCUCAAUGCACGUUGCCUCACAAUAUACUCCCAGAGUGCUAGGGAAGUGGUAUCAUCCCUAUUGUACAGAAGGGGAACCUGAAGCACGCAGAGGGGUUUUUUGUUUGUUUUUUCUUUUUAAAGCCACAUUUUUCUGGCUUGGGCCAGGGUUUUCAGCAGUGACUAAUCCAUUUUGGGUUUCUGAGUACCCAGCUAGAGACCAGCUAAAGGGCCCUCAUUUUCAGAGCAUGGGUGCUCAGCACUCUCUCUGAAAAUCAGCUCAGGCACCCAAAACCACUAAUCCUUUGCUUGGACCCAAGAGUUAGGCACCUAAAGAGAAGCAGACUGAUUUUCAGAGCUGCUGGGGCUCCUGGUGAUGUCCCAAGAAUGAGGCAAAGGUAGUUAGUGUUGUCUUACUAAGUGUCUACUGGGCCUAGUGCCUAAUGUGGUCACC